GCAGUGAGCAGUGUGGACACAAGCGACGUAAAUUAAGUGGCUGUCGACAAUACGGACUAGUGGACGACUAACUACGUGGUCGUGUCAGUGUGUCAGUGUGAGUGUGUGUGCGUGCAGUGGCAAUGUGCAAAAAUAAAAAUCUAUAGGUGUUGUAUAUUUAAAUUGAAUAUAUAUAAAUACAAAAGCAUCCAUAUCGCACACACAAACGCAACCCGAAAGCGAGAGAGUGAGAGAGGCCGCUUUAAAAACGGCCAACGGAAAUACGAAAUAGCCAGUUGUUGUUGUUAUUAUUAUUGUGGAGAGUGAGCAGCUGCUUGCCGUCGUCGUAGCUGCCGUAGAAAGUGUAACCAAAGAGUGACAUCACGCCAGCAGUGGAAGACGAAGACGAAUCGCAGCAAUUAGCAGAGAUUGUUUGGUGUUGUUGUUGUUGUUGUGUGGAAAAGUCAGUGAGGCGAAUGCCAGUUGAAAGCUAAAAAGCAACAAAAAAUAGCUAACCGCAGUUAGCUUGAAACAAAAGCGUGACACAAACGCGAUAAAUAUCGCACAUACGCAACACAAAAGAAAAUCGAAACGUAUCGUAAUCGGAUCGACAACAGCCGGCUGUGCCUGUGUGCGUGCGUGUACGUGUAGUUGUGUGUGUGUGUGGAACAUACGAGAAUCAACGGACAAAACCGCCGCCGUUGUCGCUCUCAAGGUGAACCUGCCUUUGCCUCUGGCCGACAAAAACAUAGACAGCGCCAGCCACAAAACUCAAAGCAUAUUAUUUCGAAAUUAGUCGCAGCGUUUCGAGACGCAACGAGGGCAACGUAGACGAACGGUUUGAAUAGACAGGACUCGCUUCGCUUCGCUUCUGGCAGCCAACAAUAUGAAGCCAACUGUGAUAACAGCAAAUCAGGCCAGUGGCGGCGGCAACCCUGGCAACGGCAACGGCUCGCCCGCUGGAGCCGGCAUUAGCAUACCCAUCAAUCGUGACUAUGGCGGCAAUAUGCACAGCUCUUCGCCGCAGCAGCAGCAGAAUUACCAGCAUCCCCAGUACUACAACAACCAGCAACAGCAGCCGGCAACAUAUGGAUCACCACGCCAGCAUCCGCAGCAGCAGCAGCAACAGCAGCCACUGCAUCAUCACCAGGUUCCCACAAAUCAGCAGCAACAUUUUCAGCCGACCUUUGGAUUCGAACCCGAUAUGGACAUGGAUAUGGAUAAUAUGUUUCCACGCUCGCGACUGGGGCGAAUGCAUCACGAUCCCUUCGCUGGCUUUGGCGGCACACGUAAGCGGAAUAGUUUCCACGAUCCCCCCCAUAUCCCUCUAAACAAUCCCCAGCCGCACUUAAUGCAUGCCGAUGCUGAUGAUGAUUUUUCUCAUUAUUUCGACGAUGCCGCAGACUUUGGAUUCCCACAGAUGUCGACAAUGGGUCGCCGUGGUCGUAUUCCCGGCGGUGGUGGCAACACUCACAUGGACAACGAUGAUGAUUUCUUCAAUAGACUGCCAUCGGAGUUCCGUCAGUAUAUACCAGCGGGCUUUGGUGCACGCCACCAGCCGCAGCAGCAGGUGCAUCCACAACAACAACAACAUCCACAGCAGCAGCAUCAGCCGCCGCAGCAGCAACAACAUCAUCCACAGCAGCAGUACUAUCAGCAAGAUUAUCAGCAGCCCCAACAGCAACAGCAGCCGCAGCCUCAGCAACAUCCAGUUGUGCAGUCGCCUUCGAAGCGUCUGUGCGAUGCGGCCAUCCAAACGGAAGACCCAGCAGCCGGUCGCUCUGAGGUCGAUUGUGCGCCAACUGUGAAUCUAAACCAGCACGGACUGCGUAACACCAUGGACAUGGGUGUUAAGUCUGCCGCGGAGCAGGAUCCAGCAUUACGCUCGCACUCUGCUCCGCCACCAGAGCAGCAGCAACUGAAUCAACAGUACCAACAACAGCAGCAUCCACAUCCAAAUCAACAACAGCAAUUUGGCACUCAGACAACACCACCAGUGCAGCAGACAAACUAUGGUGCAGGGCAGCAGCAGCAGCCGCCACAAUUUCAGAGAUCUUUCUAUCCGCCACAGCAGCAGGCGCAUCCCCAACAAAAGCAACAAACUCCGCCGCCACCACAGACGCCCGGCGGCAGCUAUGUGCGCACCAUACCCAUCUUUGUCGAGGGUCGCACGGAGCCCAUCAUCAAUGCCCACAAGGAGAUACCAAAUCAGAACGCAGGCAAUGCGCAGCCACAAGCACAGGCUUAUGCCUCGGCUUCAGCUCAGGCGCAGUCGCAGCCACAGGCAGCCUACAAUGCGCCCACUCAAGCGCAGCGUCCUGGUCCACUUAAUACUCAGGCACAGCCAGAACAACAGCAGCAGCAACAACUGGGUGCAGAGGCCAAUGCUGGUGUGCCGCCACAGACGCCACACACACAGGACUCGAUCAAAAAGAUACAGGACAUACAACGCGAUGUGCUGGAGCUGAUGGCCAAGGUGGAGCAAUUCAAGGGCACACGCCAGGACAAGGAGUAUGUGUAUUUGGAUGAGAUGCUAACGCGUAAUCUGCUUAAGUUGGACACCAUCGAUACCAAUGGCAAGGACAGCAUUCGGCUAGCCCGCAAAGAAGCCAUCAAAUGCAUUCAGGCAUCCGUCAAUGUGCUGGACGCCAAGGCCGAGGAGAAUGGCAGAGUUGCUUCUGGCACUCAGUCUUCCGACACAGUUGCUGUGGCCGCUGCUGAAACAGCUAGUCCAGAGGAAGCUGCAGAGACAGGAGCAGCUGUCGCAGAGCCAGCAACGCCACAACCGCUAGAUGCUACCAAGAUUCAAGAGCCCAUCCCCCUGCCACCGCCGCCCAGCGUUGUGACAGACGCGACACCCAAUGCCGAGCAGCAACCGUCCACAGUUGAGGUCGAUGGCGCCGCUAAGGUCGAGAGUGAGACCACAACGCUGACCGAGAAGUCCGAAUGAUGAACACAACAGCGCCUUUACAAGGCGACCGUUUCGAGGCAGCUACGCAACUCAACCAAAUUCAAAUAUUAACGAGAAAAUGGGAGCUACAAAGAAUGUUGAAUUUACUUAUAAAAUACUUAUACGGACAGCGAUGACAAAUUUUCGAUUGAAGAAAUGUGCGGCAAAGGGAUAGAAGGAAGCAUCAUCAGAGAUUGGAUGUUGGUGAAGUGGAGGGAGGACUCUUUGCUAGUAUUUGAUUAGAUACAUAAUAAACAAUAAGUACAGUGUUAAAAUCUCAUGUGACAUAACAAAACAACACAUUUUACAUACAACACACACUCACACGCAUAAAUAGAAACUCGCGAUGCAUAUGUAUGUACAUUAGGCAAUAAGUAAUGAUGUUAAACAAAAAAGAA